UCAGUGAGGCUUUCAAGUUUCAAACACACGAGUAGCAGAGAGCUCUGAGUGCCAAACCCAGCUGCAGAAACUACCCAUUCUCUCUCUCUCUCUCAUUGGGAUUUCGUAGUUGAAAUCUUCCUUCUCUGCUUCAAAGAUGGGAAGAGGAAAGUUCAAGGGCAAGCCCACCGGUCACCGCAGCUUCUCUACCCACGAAGAACUCCUUGCUGGUAGCUCUUCUCGCCCACGAAGUUUUAAGAAGGAAGUCAAAGAGGAGGUAGAAGAAGAAUCUGAAGAGGAAGUAGAAGAAGGAGAAGAAGAAGAAGAACCUGAGAAGAGGAAAGGCACCCAGGGUCUCAUUGACAUUGAAAAUCCCAAUUUAGUAAAAUCAAAGAACUUGAAGGCUAGAAAUGCUGAUACAGAGAAAACGACUGAACUCUCAAGGCGUGAAAGAGAGGAGAUAGAGAAACAAAAAGCUCAUGAGAGAUACAUGAGGCUGCAGGAACAAGGAAAAACAGAACAAGCAAGGAAAGAUUUAGAACGCUUGGCCCUGAUACGGCAACAAAGAGCAGAGGCUGCUAGGAAGCGAGAUGAAGAAAAGAGUGCCAAAGAUCAGAAAAAAACAGAGGUGCGCAAAUGAAAGAUUCUGAAGAAGCAAAGCAGAUGGAUAGUGGUUGUUUUCUCUUAUGUUUAACCUUCUGUCUUUGCAAAGUUAUUAAAUUUUCUUAAAUACUAAUGCAUUUUCAUUCUAUAUCCUGAGAAUGUCAGAAAAUGUGUGAUAGCUCUUGUUUUGUUAUCGAGGAAAAUUUGGUGUUGAAGCUUAUUAAUCCAGUAAUAGGCUGAUUUUAAUCUUUA